GCUUGCGAUAUUCAAUGGCAUAGCAAAACCCACAGAUCUGGUAUUUUUAGAAUGCAAUAGUUUUCGAAUGGGUUGGGCUGUGCUAUCGUAUCUUGUUAUUUUGUGAUAUAGCCUGGGUCUUGUCUUUCUUCACUCUGACCGGUGUGGAUUAAAAAGGGGGGGUAUUGGAAGCACCCAAAAAAAUGUGGCUGCUUCAGACGUUGUGCCUGGCUUUCAUUUGCCUGACAGGUGUGGCAAGUCAAAGUCAAACAUGUCCAACUACAUUUACAACAUCAGAAUGUUAUUUUAAUGGGGCAGCAACCAAACAACCAGCAUAUUCUAACCCUAACCAGUUCUUUAUUGUUGGUGGUCUUUUUGAUGUACACAACAAAGGGGAUGGGGAUAGCACUGAUCUAUGUUCUACUGCACUGUCUGAUACAGGGAUCUUUAAUGCUCUGGCUUUUUUCUGGGCUAUUGAUAGAUAUAGUGCCCAGAUUAUUGAUACCAACCGUAGCAGUGUAGGUGCUGUGGCGUUUGACAACUGUAUGAGACCAGAGUUGACUAUAGAGCACAUUCUGAGUUACUCACAAUGUGACAUACACAUACAAAACUUACCUGCAAGCAAUUUGGUGGCGUUUGUGGGUCCUUACACUAAUGAGGAUGCAACAAGGGCAGGCAGCAUUGCUGGUGAUCUGAAGAUUACUCUUGUUAGUCCUACAGCUAAUGCUCUGGAUCAAAAUAUCAGCAAGCAGAAAACUUUACUGAGGUUGAGCCCAUCAUUUCUAAAUGAUCUGAAGGCAAUAGUUGAAUUUCUGAAACUAGUGAAGUCUGGAUAUGUCAUCAUCAUCUAUGCUGGUAGUGACAGCUUUUGGAAGGCAGCUUUUGAUGAACUAAAGAAUCAAAUGGAUCAAAGCAUUUGCAUCCAAUACACUGCAGAUUUUAAAUCUAUGCCAAUAAAUGAUUUAUUGGAUGCCCUGAAAUCGAGAAUAAAAGCAAAGUAUAUUGUCCCACUCAUGUCCAAAGCAGACCUGGAUACACUGUUUAACAAUAUAAAUCUUAGAACAGAAAUUGCUGAUAAGUUUAACUAUAUACUAACAUCUGCAAUUGGACAAGACAGCAACUUUCUUACAUUAUAUGGUAAAACAACCAAUAACACAGUUGUUAUAGAUCAAGUCGACAAAAUGCCAAUAUCAUCACAAGACUGGAGUGCUUUCACAACAUAUUUGACCUCAGUGCAAAACAAUAUUACACUUGCUAAGUACAUUCCAGCUGAUUGGUUAACAUCAUUUAGCAGCAAGUUACCAUCUGACUGGCAAAGAGCACCAACACCUUUAAUACACAGCAUUGUUAAAACAUUGACAAGUGUAUAUAGUGUAAUUAAGGGCAUUGACAAAAUAAUGAGAGAUGGCUGUGCCUCAGGGGCGAAUUACCAAUUUUGUGAUCGAUUCCGCAAUCAACCAAACAGCAAACAAGACUACCUAUACAGUGGCAUCUUAGACUCUUCUCAAUCUUUUAUAGGAAACCAGUACAAAUAUUCAUUGUUCUAUGUUGGCAAUUCAAUUGGAAGUUUUAAAGAUAUUGGAACAGUCACUGUCAGCAGCUCUAGUUUAACAGUCAAAUUUGAUGUCAAUGUGAUGGAUGUAAACCAGUAUGGUUAUCAGUUUAGCGAGCCAGUUUGUCCUAUAUCUGGCCAGUGCUGUGAACCUCCUACAACUGUUGCCCCUACCACAAUCAGCAUGACCACACAACAACCAGUUAUCUCUAGUACUGGUUCACUGUCAACUGUUCCCGUACAAUAUCCACUAGGCCAAGUCAUUACUGGUGCCUAUCAAAAUGUAUAUCGUGCCAAUGAAGAAUAUGGCACUCGCUUUGACCUUGGUCACAAAUGGAUCAUUGCACUUGGUGUUCUUGCAGGGCUGGGUAUUCUAUGUGUCAUUAUCUUUGAGAUCUACAUCCUGUACAAGCUACUUGGAACUCGCAUGGGAAAGCAGUGGCGCACCAUGUGGCUGGGACAACUGCUGCUGUUUGGAAUCUUCCUCUGCUACCUAGUCCUGUUUGCUUAUCUCCCUAUUCCAACCAAGGCAACUUGUGGCAUCACUAGAUUUGGAGUUGGUGUCUCCUAUGCUUUUUGCUUUGCUGUUCUGCUUGUCAAGUUGAUGGUCAUCUUGACAUCAAAAACUUCAGAGGUUUUGUUUACUGGAGAACUGGAAUCUCCUAACUACCUGAAGGGGAUUUACCAAUUUCUUCUUUUCAUUUUUGCUGUUGGUGUCCAGAUUGUCAUAGAUAUUCAGUGGCUCAUCAUAGUCCCACCUGAGGCUGUCAAGGUAACGACAAACAAUGGAGACAAGGUGUGGGUAUGCAACCAUUACACCUGGGAGGUGGGAAAUUCACAGGAGGACGUGAGCAAGUUUACACGCACCAACUUUGAGAACCACCUGAUGUCUCUGAUCUACAUCAUGGUCAUGAUCCUCAUCACCACCAUACUGUCCCUCAGAGCUCACGGCAUCAUCACCAACCACAGGGAGAGCAUCUUCAUUGGAUUAGCGGCUGGAUUUAGCAUUCCCAUUUGGUUGGCUUGGGGUCUGAUUGGAGGCCUAAAUAAGAAUCAUGCAUACUCUGAAGAAUUUGGUGACGGAUGUGUUGCUUUUGGCCUUCUUAUCACAGCCAGCCUUAUUCUCUUUGUCAUGUUUUUGCCAAAGGUUCGUCAAUUGGUGAACAUGGGUGUGGAGGGUAUUUACCUGGAAGAUGACCGUGAAACUAUCUACGGUGGCUCAGUUAUCAUUCCACCGUCCUACAAAAGCAAAGGACCUUCUUCUGUUAUAUUUGUCAAUAACCAGGGAAUUUACUCCGAGCCAGUGAUCAUUGGAAAUGGUGAUCCUAGUAAGGCUGGGGUGGCUACCCACUUAAAACACCCUGGAAGUAGCCUGUACAGUGCACCCCCUACAUACCUGAAGAAAGCUGAAUCUGCUUACGGAGGAAGUACGCGAGUGCUGCGUAUGACAGAUGACCUUAAAGGACGCCAUCCACAGAAGCGUCCACAAUCUGAAAUAGCCUUUGGUUCUUCUGGCAGACCAAGAUCAAACAAAGGGACACUACCAAGGUCAAGAUCUCACACCAAUCUUGGAGCUUUAUAAAAGAUUUCAAACUUGCCUUAUUAAUGGAGCUCUGAGUUUAAAGAUACAAUUUUUUUCCCAUUGAAUUAAUUGUUGGAAUAUUUCUAGCUCAUUGAAUAUACAUGAAAUUGUUCCAGGUAAAGUGUUUAAAUUAUAUUUUUUGUAUCGUUUUAAAAUCCCAACCAGAGAGGUGUGGGUUAUGGUGAUAGUUAUGAAUAGCCAUACAAAUUUAGAAAUAUUCUUCUAGUGAAUAGAAUGUAAUGAUUGUUUUAAACUGGAUUGAAGAAAUUCUGAUGCAAGAUCAAUUCUAAUAAAUUGCCAUGUUGAAAAUUACUUCAAUUAUUUUAAGAAGUGGUUUAAGGCUCAAAUUUUGAUUACAUUAAUUAUAUUUAUUUCUAUUUAUUUUAAAACACUAUUUUAAAAUAUGCUAUAAAACAAAAAUUUCACACUCUUUAAGUAAAUAAGAUUAUACAUUUUAUUAGUACAUAGUGAAAGUUAAUGUCCUAUUUACAUAAAUUAAUGAUUGUUUUGUUUGACAUAUUUGCUGAUGUUCAAUGAUAAAUGUAGAUUCCCGAUGCUAACUUUUUAAAACAUAAGCUUCAUAUAUUGAGCAAAAUUGUAUUCCCUUUUAUUUGCAAGUUUUUUUGUUUUGAAUGUAUCUUUCUCAUAUACAUAUUUUGAUAUGUACAUACUUUUAUAUUAAAUCAUCAGCACUGUUUGUAACAUUACAGGUGUUAUAGAGUCUAAUGUCACCCUCACUUUAAGAUUUCAAAAAUAUUCUUUUAGUUAAUAAACUAAAAAUAUUUUAAAAAUAAAAGUAUCUUAUAAAAGCAGUUAAUAUUAGUGUAGGGAAAAUAACGUCCUUAUUUAGUAAAUAUGUUAGAAUUUUUUUACCUAGAUCUCAAACAACUGAUUGUUCUUAAGUUUGUUACAUUAGUUUUUUUAUGAUUUGGAUUGAUGAAAUUUUUCUUGAAUAAAUUAUUAAUAGAAUUCUAGCAAUAUGAGUGAACUUGUGUAGAAUGUUCCUGUAAUUGUGUGAUGAGAUUUGUAUUGGUCACACACCUCCAUGAUUGAACUUUUGCUGAUGAGAAAUCUGUGUUACUUCAUCUGUUUUUAUUUAUCCAAUUCAAGCUGUGUUUAUGAAAUUAUUCAAGUAAAAUUGACUAUAUCUUCGUGUGCAUUAAAAUAUUUUAAAAAGUAUAUAUAAACCCUACCUACAUUUUAAAAAAUUAAAUUAUCUUUGGUCAUGUUAAGUAAGUAAGCUUGUCGCUCUCCUGGGAUAUGCUGACAAGAGCUUUCAGGCAUAUGUCCAUGGCUAGUCUCUCCUACUUUCCCCAGGUGUACCCACUCUUCUUGUCAUUUUACCAAAACUAAAUCAUAUAGUGGGGUUCAGGUGGAAAAAUUUCUGAUUUGUUAUUUGGACAAAAAGUAAUGGGUGAAAUCAAUAUGUUUGUGUUGUAAAUCAUGAAUAGCAUGUUUGUAUGUAAAGCAUGGGAGUGAUACAUCUGAUUGUAUGCAGGCAGUUAAAAAAAGAUAAAUCUCAUUUUCAGGAUUUUAUCUUGUAUACAUGCACACACCCAGCUCAUUUUGUGCUCACACUAUGUAAAAAUAGGUUCUUGCCCACUCUGUAGCAAGUAUAGUGCAUGUAGUGAUCUCAUUUGACCAUAAAAUUGGAUUAGACUUAAGUAAACUACACCAUAAAAAUGAUGGAAAAUUCUGACACACUUUUACCUAACUAAACUGGUGAUACAAAUUCGGUUUUAUUUUGUGAUAUGUAGAUCUUUAGCCCUCUGUUAUGUAAACAUACGAUGGUGUUUGGUAAUUUUUUGCUGACAUGAAUGUCACUUUGCAACUAGAUCCAUAGUUUUGGUUGAUCUUGUAUUUUGGAAUCCAAAUAGUUGUCAGAAAAUGGAUAAUUGUAUUAAUAAUCUUUGUUAGGUUUAAAACGAUAAUUUUUAGUUUUAAUUUACCUGUUGAUGUAUAUUUAUAUCAUGGUUGUCACAACUUUUACUGCUACAUAAUCUCAAUAUUGGUUUUCAUUCAUGUUUUAUUUAUCAGUAUACUUGUGGACUUAAAAAAAAAAUCAAUGCUUAAGGUUAUAGCAUUUUAGUUAAUGCUCUUUUUUCACCUACAUUUACUAACAAGUGUAUCUGUUAUCUCAAUGUAUAAAGUUACAUAACCUUAUUUUGUAUACAAUUUUACAUUGUAGUGUUUUGUUCUUCAGUCUACUCUGAAAGCUGUCAUUUCAAUUAUAAGAAGGAAUUAUUAAACAUAUAUUUUAUA